GAAACAUGGCGGCACAGUCGGGAUGUUAUGAAUCCGUGACGGAUUUUUAUGCCAAUACGGACGUUUUUCUUACCGGUGGAACAGGGUUUCUGGGGAAGGUGUUGAUCGAGAAGCUGCUACGCUCCUGUCCAGACAUUGGACGCAUCUUUGUGCUGAUGCGGAACAAGCGCGGCAAAUCGAUCGAGACACGCGUCACCGAACUCGUCAGUUGUCCUCUGUUUGAUCGGUUAAGGGAGGAAAACAAAGGGGCCUUAAAUAAGGUCGUUCCCAUUUUCGGAGAUAUUACACAGCUACGCCUGGGCAUGUACGAGGAGGACAUCCAGCGACUUAACAAUGUGUCAGUAGCGUUUCAUUUGGCCGCUAGUGUCAGAUUCGAUGAUCCGUUAAAAGAUGCUAUCAAAACGAACAUCUGCUCGACACAGGAGCUGUUUGAGAUACUCAAAUCUACAGCCACCAAUCUGCGGGCCGUUGUACACGUUUCUACCGCGUACAGCAAUCCGGAAAAUCGUUACGUCGAGGAAAAGCUCUACCCGCCAAAGUACGAUUGGAAAAAACUCGUCCAAGCCGUCGAUCGUUACGAGCCGGAAACACUGGAUGCACUGAUGCAAAAACUUUCACACGACUCACCAAACACGUACACAUACACCAAAGGACUAGCGGAACAAGUAUGCAACGAUUACAGCAACGAGCUGCCGUUGGCCAUCGUUCGUCCUUCGGUCGUGUUGUUUACUAUUCAGGAGCCGAUGAGCGGAUGGGUGGAUAAUUUUAACGGGCCCACGGGAAUGCUGGUCAGUGCCGGGAUGGGCAUUACGAGGACGGCCUACCUGCAACCGAGAAAUCGUAUCAACAUCAUCCCGGUGGACGUUGUCGUUAAGACUAUCAUCUUGGCCGCUUGGAAACGGGGCACCAUUGAACGUACCUACGGUCCUAACCAUCUGCCCAUUUACAACAGUGCCGUGUCGUACGAACAGUCGUUGGAAUACCAGGAAAUGCUGGAUCGCGGCAAAGAGUACCUUUAUGCGGUGCCCUUCAGUCGUAUGAUCUGGGUGCCUCGGGGAUAUCCAACGGAUUGGAAAGCUUUGUACUACUUCAAUCUAAUUUUAACCAUGCUUCUGCCAUCAUUUCUGUUGGAUCUCCUCAUCAGAAUGUUAGGACACAAACCAUUUUUAAUGAAAUUACAGUGCAGAAUUUAUAGUUCCGAAGUCUCGCUACGUUACUUUGUCAGGCAUGAGUGGGAAUUCGUGACAAAGCAGACAGAUAAUUUAAUCGAUUUACUAGACGAGAAAGAUCGGAGCACCUUCGGAUGGUACAUGCCGAGGAAACUGACUGGCAAAUAUCUCGAGAACGCGUACAUCACCAUCAGACGCUACCUGAUGAAGGAUCCGGACGAGACGAUUCCGUAUGCCAAACGAAAGCUAGCACGUAUGGUACUCGUCGAUCGUAUCAUUCAGAUUAUCGCUUGCUGCUUAACGCUGGUGGCCAUUUGUAGGGCAAUGUUUGCUGGAAGUUUGUAGUGCUGCAAUAAACAUUACGAGUUGUUCCGGUUUUCGUUGUAAAUUU